GUUUGACCGGUCUUGGACGAUCUGCCCGUUUGUUCGGGAGAGAUUUUAGAUUCAAGGGACUGUUACAAUGGCCAAUUUUUCAAUAGGAAUUCUAGCAGCCCUUUGCCUGCUAGCCCUUGUACAGAGUGGACAAGGACACGGCUAUAAAAGGGGGUACAUUUCAAAAUACGGAUCAAGAUAUGGACUUUAUAAGAGACCACCUUUCGGAUAUUUUAAAAGAUAUUACAGACCACAGACCAUCAUAAAAAAGGUCCCAGUGCCAAUAAUUAAACGUGUACCAAUAUACAAAACUAUCAUUAAAAGGGUUCCUAUUAUCAAGAUUAUUUUAAUUCCAGUAACGGUUGUUCGUAAAGUCCCUGUAUAUAAGAAAGUCGAGGUCGUGAAGAAAGUACCGAAAAUUAUAAGAAAGCCAGUCCCUGUGCCAAAGCCAGUUAAAGUGGAAGUUCCGGUUAGGGUGCCCUACCCCGUCGAGGUGCCAAUUGAAAUUCCGGUCAAAGUUCCGGUUGAAAAACACAUCCCAGUCCCUGUCCCUGGAGGUAAAACAGAUAUUGGUUUGCCAGGUGUAGAUAUCGGUAUCAUUGAUGGACCAGGUGGCCAUUUUGACCUUGGAGGGGGGCAUGGUGGCCUUGGGGCAGGGGGCGCGGGAAUUGGCAUAGGUGGACACGGCGGAUUAGAUUUCGGAGGUCCUCUAGACAUUGGUGGGCACGACAUCGGUCUGGGAGGAGGAGAUGCUGGGAUCGGUCUAGGAGGAGGAGGAGGAGGUGCCGGGAUCGGCAUAGGAGGAGGUUCAGGAGGAAACGGAGGCGGCGGCGGCGGUGGCAGCGGAGACAUUAACAUUGGUCUCGGUCUUGGAUUUGGCGAUGCCAUCGGAAAAGGAAGUGCAGGUGAUGGUGCCGCCAUUGGAGUCGGCGGCGGACCUGCAGGUGCGUGGAAUGGACCUGGGGAUGGUAUUGCCUUGGGGGCAGGGGGUCCAGACGGGGCAUUGGGAAUUGGAAUAGGAACACCUGGGGGAAUGUCUAUAGGUGCUGGCUUUGGAAAACCAGACUCAGGGGGAGGAAUUGGAAUUACUUCCGGUGUAAAUGGAGGUGGAGUGGGUAUUGGGGGAGGUACCGAUGGAGGGGGUGGGGGCGCCCUGGGUGGUACCGCUGGCGUUGGAUUUGGAGUUGGACAAGGAAAGAAUUCCCUAGGACUUGGAAUGGGAUUAGAUCAAAUUGCAAAUACUGUCAUGAUAACUGAUGCAGAUCACGUAAAUCUUGGACCUGGAAGCGGAAUUGGCCAGGGUUCUAGAGUUAUCGUCAGUGAUGCUGAUCAUGUUGGAUUUGGUGGCGGAUUAGACGGUGGUAUGGACCAGGGAAUGAUCGCACCCGUCGCCAUUUUAGGCGUUCACGACUCUGGCGCCGGAGGUCCUUUAGUCGAUCCCCUCGCUGGAGGAAAUGGCUGGGAUAACGGCCAUAAUGGUUUCGACAAUGGUUUUAACAAUGGCCCAGUGGUAGGUGGUGGACACGGUGGUUUUGACAAUGGUCACCUCGGUGGUGGUUCAGGGUUCGAUGCUGGAUUUGACAAUGGCUUAGGUGCUAUAGUCGAUAAUGGCGUCGGUAACGGAAUAGGAAAGAAAGGUAAAUUGGUCGUUAUUGCUUAUACAGUCAAAUCUCUUUUAUUCAAAUUCAAAGGGACAGAGGACUUCAAAGUGACAGAGACAAUUGUACAUGGAAGCUGA